AUAAUUGUGUUGUUGGUGAUGUUGAAGAUGGGAGAAGAGGCAUACCAGGAGAUGGGAGGAUGGUCGCUUGGAGACCAAGAGGAAGACUAUUACCAGGUGCUCAAUGUUGAUCCUAAGGCUAAGCACGGAGAGAUACGGAAUGCGUACAGGAAGUUGGCAAUGAAGUGGCAUCCUGAUAGAAAUCCUAACUGUGAAAGCUGCCUUGCACGCUUCCAGUCUGUGGCGAAGGCCUAUGAGACUUUGGGAGAUCAGAACAAGAGGAAGGUUUAUGAUACUAAUAGAGGUGGUUACGACUCCAUACCAAGCGACUACUCUGCUCGACUCACGAGUGAAAACUAUCAUAGCAUCAUGGACCACUCAGUUGACAUUUGGGUUGUCGAG